CUGCUGAGAAGAAGCACAAACCUGAUGCUCCUGGUGUUUUCCAAAAUCAAGAUGAGUGACCAGCACAUGUCUCCAAGAAAAUCGGGCUCAGUCUUCAAUGAGCUUCGCUUGGAGGGCAAAUUCUGCGACGCUGUCAUCCAAGUUCAGGAUGUUGAGUUUCCAAUCCACAGGAUCAUCCUCUGUGACUGCAGCUCCUACUUCCAAGCUCUCUUCGAGCGCUGGAUGACCACAGACAAGAAGGUUUUUAACAUACCGGGCCCAUCUCCUGACAUUAUGCAGCUCAUCAUUGAGUUUGCAUACACAGACUCUGUUAAUGUGACAGAGGACAACGUACAGGACUUGGUGCUUGUUGCCGAUAUGCUUAAUGUAAUGGACCUCAUACAAGCCUGCUCCGAAUUCCUCUGUGAGCGGCUCCACUCAGAAAACUGCAUUGGCAUCUGGCAGUUAACCAAAGUCUGCAGCAGCUCUGAGAUGCAGUGCAAGGCCUAUCGCUAUAUCACCGAUCACUUUGAGGAGGUCUUUCUUUGUGAAGAGUUCCUGUUACUCUCUGUGCAAGAGCUCAACGAAAUCCUUGGUAGAGAUGAUCUCAACGUGAGGACGGAGAGUAUUGUGUAUGAGGCCAUCCUUUGCUGGAUCGCUCACAUACCUGAAGAGCGAAAAGAACACAUCGCUGUGCUUUUAUCAAAGGUCCGGCUUGCCCCGACAAGCUUACAGGACGUUGCGAUCAAUGUGUUGAACAAUCAGGGGGUGUGUAACAACACUGAGUGCAAGCAAAUAGGCCAAGAUGCCCUCCAAACCAUAUUGCUCAUGGAGAGAAAAAUAAGGACGGAGGGUCCCUGUAACCCUUGUAUCCGUCCUCGUCUGCCUAAUGCCAUCAUGCUUGUCAGUGGAGGCUCGACUGACAGUGGCGGAAUUGAGGCUUAUGAUCCCCGCUCUGAUGUCUGGGUCAAACUUUCAAACAAGCUGAAACAUCCUCUGACUGUUCACGGCACUGCCUUCCUCGAAGGGUACUUCUACUGUAUUGGUGGCUUUGAUGGAGUGCAGCAUUUGAGCAGCGUCAACAAGUUGGACAUGAGCACACACACUUGGCAUGAGGUGGCACCCAUGCACAAUUGCCGCAGCUACGUGAGUGUAACAGUGCUGAACGGACUCAUCUAUGCCUUGGGAGGCUUUGACGGUCAUUCUCACUUCAGCAGUGCAGAGCGCUACAAGCCAGAAACAAACCAGUGGACGCGUAUUGCAAGCAUGCGCGAACGGAGGCGCAACGCCAACUGCACAACACUCCAAGGAAAGAUUUACAUUUGUGGUGGUUCCAAAGUUUUGGUGUACCUGCAGUCGGCUGAAUGUUACAAUCCAGAGACCAACCAGUGGACAAUGAUCGCCCCCAUGAUCAGCCGGCGCAGUGGACUCGGAGUUGUUGCGUUUCAAGACCAAAUCUAUGCAGUUGGUGGAUUUACUGGCGAUGAAUAUCAACGCAGUGCUGAGUCCUAUGACCCCUGGACCGACUCCUGGCAGGAAGUGUGCCCCAUGUUGAGCCCCCGCAGAGACUUUGGCCUCGAAGUGAUCGAAGACCGGAUCUUUGCUGUUGGUGGCUUCACCGACUUAGACAUCACGAAUGAGGCUGAAGCCUAUUGCUCAGUAACAGAUUCCUGGACUGAGUGCCCUGGUAUGAAGAUUUUCCGCUGUGGCCUGAGCAGCUGUGUUGUGUACGGAAUCCCCAAUAUGGCAGAUUACACUUUCUUACCAGACUCUCUGUCGCUUUCACACCUGAACUGAUUUUAAUACAUUAAUAAUUUUUUUUGUACAUUAAAUUGCGUUAAGGGGGGCCACUAUAUAAUGUUCAUAAUUCGAAGAGUUAGUAAUGUUU